GGAAGAACAGACCAAGAAGCUGCAUAAAGACAUGAAGAAAAGCACAGAGGCUGAUUUAGCCAUGUCUAAAGCAGCAGUGAAGAUCUCGGGAGACUUGUUGAGUAAUCCGUUGUGUGAGCAGGAUCAGCCUUUCCUGGACUCCAUGAACGCUCUGGAUACGGCAAUGAAGAGGAUGGACGCGUUCAAUCAGGAAAAGGUCAAUCAGAUUCAGAAGACGGUGAUCGACCCUUUGAAAAAGUACAGCAGUGUGUUUCCCAGUCUGAACAUGGCAGUGAAGCGCAGGGAACAGGCUCUUCAAGACUAUAAGAGACUCCAGUCCAAAGUGGAGAAGUACGAAGAAAAAGAGAAGACGGGACCCAUCAUGGUCAAACUCCAUCAGGCCAGAGAAGAGCUGAAGCCCGUCAGGGAAGACUUUGAAGCCAAGAACAAGCAGCUUUUGGAUGAGAUGCCCAAGUUCUACAACAGCCGCAUCGACUACUUUCAGCCCAGCUUUGAGGCUCUGAUACGAGCUCAGGUGGUGUAUUUCACCGAGAUGCACAAGAUCUUCACUGAACUGAACGAUCAGAUCGAUCAGAGCGCACUGACGGAUGAACAGAGGAAGCAGGAAAACGAAGCCAAACUCAAUGAGUUGCGUUCACUGUCCAUCGUAGCUGACGACUGAGACGCCGAACCAUCGUCAACGCAACAGCUAUUUAUUGGUUAUUUGUUGAUUGUCUUCUUUAUCAAUAUUCCGACACACGACAACAAAAAUGAUUCGUUGGAUUUACUACAUUUGUUUAGGGUAAGUCGUUCCAAACAAUUUAUAUUGGCUGAAUUGAAACAAACUAAAUAACUUUAAUAAUGUUCAACUUAAUUUGUUUGCUUAAAUUCAGCCAAUAUCAAUGGUUUGCAACCACUCACCUUAAAACAGUUGAGUAAAUCCAACUAAGCAUUGCUUGUUCAGUGCAGAUGAAGCCAUCAGGAAACACUCAUGAAGCCAAAUGUUCCGAUUUCCAUAUUAGCGUCGUCUUUUCAUUUCAUGUUGUUUUGUUAGCGUUUGGUUUAUCUAGUAUUGAUAUUGAUAUUGAUUACUAAUAUUGAUAUUGAUAACUGAUAUUGAUUACAGAUAUUAGUAUUAAUAACAGAUAUUGAUAUU